AUACCAGUUUGAAACAGCUUCAUGAAUUCGCUGCUACGACCGUGUAGCUCGACUGUUGUGUCCGCAAACCGCUGGAUCCUGUCAGGUAACUCGGCGCUGCGAUGACAGAUUCAGACUAACAUUUUCUAACUGCGUGAGGUUGGGUGUUAGUGUGUUUUCUGUGUUUGUUAAACUCAAACGCCAUAUGAAUCCGUGGCACGGACUGCUGUGCUAACCUGCAGAAAAGUGCAUUAGUAAGGCACGUUUUGGAUGCUGAAAUUUACACUUUAAACGUAUGACACGUCAGCUGUCGUUUAUAAAGACAGUUUAGCACAGCAGUGCAGGGAUCAGGGUGUUGGCCCAGACUUCACCUGUUUGGUGUACUUAAAGGCGUGGCAAAGGACGCUGAAACUAUUCUGUUGUGGCGUGCGAAAACAGCUGCGGAUUGUUAGAUCAGAUAAUAAACACAGAAGCAGAUACCGACUGCUUUUGUUUUAAGGAUUCAUGCGGAACAACUUUACUUUUGUUCCCAGAAGGUGAUCACAUGUGGGGCAGAUAUGUUUUUGGAACAGAUGCUGCACACAAGUUCAAGGAGGCUUUCCUUCUGUUUGACCGGACAGGUGAGGGGAAGAUCACCUACAGCCAGUGUGGCGAUGUCAUGCGGGCCCUCGGACAGAACCCUGUCAACGCUGAGGUGCUCAAGGUGCUGGGAAACCCCAAGUUAGAAGAGAUGAAUCAGAAGAUGCUGGAUUUUGAACAGUUCCUGCCCAUGCUUCAGGCCAUUGCUAAGAACAAAGACCAGGGCUCCUUUGAGGAUAUCGUAGAGGGUUUGCGUGUCUUUGACAAGGAGGGGAACGGUACAGUGAUGGGAGCAGAGCUACGUCACGUCCUCACUACACUCGGUGAGAAAAUGACUGAGGAGGAGGUGGAGACUCUUUUAGCGGGACACGAAGACGCCAACGGCUGCAUUAACUAUGAAGAACUCGUCCGGGUGGUGAUGAGCGGUUGAGCAUCUCGGAAACACACAUCCAACUUUAAUUUUACUCUGUUUUUGUGUUGUUUGUCUCAUCUUGCCCUUCCAUCCAUGUCAUCCUACCUCCAGCAAGUCUGAGUUUUCCUUUUCUUCAACAUCUCUGUUUUGUUUCAGAAGUGCCUAUUCUGUCCAGCAUGAAGAAACACUUUUAUCAUUCAGCUCAUGCGUACAAUUGGAACGUUUCCCUGAUGAUUUCAGCUGUUCCACUCAUCAAACCGUCAGUCUUGUUGUCAACAGAUUUCUGCUGUUGCUUUUUUUUUUCAUUUGGAUAGAUAUGAUAAUGUGAAAUGUUACAUUUAACUUUACUGAAUAAAAAUCCUGGUCUCCAAAAUAUC